AUGCUGGACGCGAUGGUAUUGUGCGAGUGGUCUCUGUGUAGGAAACGAGCGAAUGGCAGGAAAAAAUCAGGUUCGCUGUCCCGUAGGACGGCGAGCAUGGUGCCCGGUUUUGCUGGCGAAGGGCAACUUCCGACUGCCACGAAGCCAUCGUCCUCGAGCUCGUCGUCUGCCUCCGGGCGAAGUGAAGAUGCGCCAAAUUACGGAAGCUUGGCCGGAAGUGAUCACCAGCCUCAGUCUCAGCAGGACGACAGUGGAACAGAAGAGAGCCCUGUCUAUAUUCUCACAUCAGCCAAGGGCGAUCGCAGCUACAAACUCAGAGACUCUAGGAUCAUUGAAAUAGCCGGUGGUCGGGAAGUUUUUUCCCAGAGUCGAACAAAAGUAGCGUCGCGGAAGUCUCGCUUCCUCACAGCCUCGAAUUCGUUGCCGAAUGACGAAAUCCCAUCCGACAAAUUAUCGACAAAAAAGAACAACAGAUCUCCGAACAGACAAAGCGUCUGGGAAUUAAGAAGUCGAUGUGGAGAAGCCAAGAGGCAUCGUAUGAAUCGAGAAGUGACGGAGACCGUAUUUUCUUCCGAAGUUCACUCAGUUCGUCGGAAUCCCACCAAAUCCAUCCUGGAUUACGACUCUCCUAAGAACAAUCGCAUCAUUAAUUAUGACUCAAUUUUAAAUAGCAAUAAUGUAGAGUAUGGUGUGCCGAAAAGUAUUACCGAUCUCGACUAUGGACUACCGAAAAAUUGUGUAGACUAUCAGUCGAAUCACACGACUCCUGCGAGAAGCAUGGCGAUUGUUAGUGAUGGAGAGGUUGUUGUCUUUGAUGAUAUUGAUGACAACUGGCAAGGACUCAGAUUAGAUUUAGGAUCGAGCAAUACAAGUCAGAUCAAUACGAGUUUGGAUUUGGGGGCUGAUGAGACUCACCGAGGGAGAAUUCCUCCAGAACCUCCUAGUUCUAGUGUCGGUAGUAGUCCCAGUCCGACUCAAACCUAUCAUCAUAAUUCAUCCGAUUUUUUUAAGGUCGUCACGCCAGUGAGCGAUUGCGAAGCUCAUUCACCUUCGCCUGAACGCAAUCACAAAGUGACAAGAAUUAUUGGAGAAAUACCCAUUGCACAAUAUUCCGGAAGUCCGCGCCGUUAUGGAGUUCGUGAAAAUUCCCGAUUACCGACUUUGCUGUCGUCGCCAUCUGUUUAUAUGACGCCAAGGCCAGGAUUCCCACAAAGAAUACUACCAACCACGCCCAAUCAGAAAGAGAAGGAAGACAAUUUUACUGAAAUCGUUGUAGAAGAUUCUGUGAUAGAGCCGACUGUUACGCAUUCGGAGGAUCAAAUUAUGACUAAUUCUUCACCGCCUUUAGAGAAAGCUGAAGAAGAGGAUCAAGAGGAUUCUUUGAAAAACUCGGUUUUGCCGAGUGAAAAUAUAAGUAGUCUCGUGUCCCCUGGAGGUAGCACUUUCGAUUAUUUGUAUGAAUUUUCGGAAACUCGGAAGGUCCUAGAGGAAUUCUUCAAGUGUCCAGCACCUUCGGAAGAGAAAGAGAAUAACACGGAUUCCUUUGCUUUCCAAGAUCUCGAUUACGAGCUUCGAAGACAAGGCGGUAGUUCCUAUGUCGGUCAACGAUUAGCAAGUGGUCUGCCAGAUGAAGUUUUGGUCCAUGAAUCUCCCAAAAAGCAGAAACCCGACUAUUCUCACUCGACUAUCGAACAUGAGAACAACUUUCUGGACCUGUCGGUGGGAACCGGGAGUAGCGAAGAUCUUGGCGAAACGGAGGUGGGUUUGCAAGUCGGUCAUUCUCGAAACUUCACCCUCAGUCCAGAAACCACCGAUUGUGAUAGCAACUGCGGUGAUCUGGAUAGCGAAAUGUCCCUGAUGCUGAUGGAGAACGAACUUCUCCCUGCGAGUGGUUUACUCGGAUCCGUUGGAGAUUUGGGAAAUAAUUCGGAUUCCCUCAGGAUAUAUACGAGCAUGCCAGUUCUCGAAGAUGGUUUGUCAAGUGGACAUGCGAGCGACACGGACAACAACAAUCCGACAGUGAUGCUGAUGAAGCGGCAAAUAAACGAGAUAGAAAAAGAAAUAAUCCAAAGAACCCGAAACGACAUGCUAGGAACCGAAAAUGAAUCUGGAAAGGACGUUAGUUUAAAUGUAACUAAAGAUAUUUUGCACACGCUUAAAACGACCUCUCCCGAUUUAUUCGUGGCUAAGAAAGAAAAUUCCUACGACACCAGCGAAUUGCAAUUAGAUGGAUUGGAUCCGUUGGUAACUCCUCCGCCACCUGCGCCACAGGGAAGACAGAGCGUUAAUUUGGAAAUUGGAGGCGAAGUGGAAGCUGCGAUCAAAGAUAUUAGAAUGGCUUUGCAGAGAACGAAAACUCUACCUGCGAAAUCUCCUUCGGAAGAUCCUCCGGAACCGAGUGUCAGCCCUAUUUGGAUUCCGAGUUUGCUCGAUGGCAGGCGGAGAGUCUGUACAGAAAGUAAUAGCGAGGAUUCCGAAGCAAGAAGAGGGAUUGAUGAAGGAGAACUGGAAGUCGAAGAAGGUGUCGAUGAAGAAGAAGCCGAUACAGAUCUUGAAACGGAUAGACUCCUCGGGCAGCAAAGAACUGAUGAUCAAGGUUUCUACGACGACAAGGGGUGGAGGAAACCUAAGACUAGGACAAUGUUACCAUCAAUGAGUGCAAAAAUUACAACUCCAAAGCAAACGCCUCCCAAAACCUUAAGUGUCACUCCUUUAGAACCACUAGCACAAUCCGAACCCUUGCCUUCGACGUCAGCCUCCAUUUCUCCACCUCCUGUAGUCACUGUUAUACAAUCGCCACCAUCGGAACGCGAAGUAACUUCCCCUACACAACCUUCGUCGAGUCCUCAGAAGACCCCGAUCAAAAACUCUCCCUCACCUCCCCAGAGUCACCAGGAAUCCAGCAGUAAGGUGAAAAAGGAUAAGGAGGGGAAAAAGAAGAGCAGGAAUAAAGAAGCUUUACUGAACGAUCCAUCAGUUUUGAUCGAAGGAGUCCUUUUUCGAGCGAGAUAUUUGGGAUCGACUCAAUUGGUAUGCGAAGGACAACCGACAAAAUCGACUCGAAUGUGCCAGGCCGAGGAAGCGGUCUCUAGGAUAAAGGAUGGGCCAGUGCCGAUGCAGGCUACCCUCUUAAACUAUGGGGGGACCCACGGGUAUGGGCGCUGCAGCGUUGCGUCGCAAGGAAGCCUUGAGGACGACGAUUGCGACUCAAGUGAAGAACUGAUAGGCAGCGCCUCCGGUGGGGGCCAGCCAGAAAUACAGACAGUGGGGGCCCAGCCAAAGCUGGCCCCAAUCAGUGGCUCGGUGGGGUCCAACGGACCCACCACAGUUUUCAGACUACAAUUUCUCGGGUCGGUUGAGGUGGAAGAGGAAGGGGGUCGCAAACGGCGAAAACGCCUUAAGAAGCACAUGGUGGAAGAGGCCGUAACUAAAAUAAAGGCUUUGGCACCAGAUGGAGAAACGCAACCAAGUACAGAAGUCGACCUAUUCAUCUCGACGGAGAAGAUAAUGGUUCUGAAUACGGAUUUGAAAGAAAUCAUGAUGGAUCACGCUCUGAGGACAAUAUCCUACAUAGCCGAUAUUGGAGAUCUGGUUGUCCUCAUGGCUCGAAGGCGGUUUGUACCACAUGAAAUGGAGGAAGCACCAAAAAUCAACAGAACGCCAAAAAUGAUUUGCCAUGUUUUUGAAAGCGAAGAGGCUCAGUUCAUUGCACAGAGCAUCGGGCAAGCGUUUCAAGUAGCUUACAUGGAAUUUCUCAAGGCCAAUGGGAUUGAAGAUCAUAGUUUCGUGAAAGAGAUGGACUAUCAGGAGGUUCUGAAUUCACAGGAAAUUUUUGGAGAUGAACUCCAGAUGUUCGCGAAAAAAGAAAUGCAAAAAGAGGUGGUUGUACCAAAGGCAAAAGGUGAAAUCCUGGGAGUAGUGAUAGUAGAAUCCGGUUGGGGUUCAAUGCUGCCAACCGUUGUAAUAGCAAAUUUAGCACCGGCCGGCGCUGCCGCGCGCUGUGGUCAGCUGAACAUUGGUGAUCAAAUAAUCGCGAUCAACGGUGUCUCGUUGGUCGGUCUGCCUCUUUCCACGUGUCAGACUUACAUAAAAAACUCAAAAAACCAAACUGUCGUCAAGUUAACUGUUGUACCGUGCGCGCCCGUUGUUGAGGUCAAAAUCAAGAGACCUGACACAAAAUAUCAGUUAGGAUUUAGUGUACAGAAUGGAGUUAUAUGUAGUUUACUAAGAGGAGGAAUCGCUGAAAGGGGCGGUGUUCGAGUUGGACAUAGGAUUAUUGAAAUUAAUAACCAAAGCGUCGUCGCCGUGCCGCACGAGAAGAUUGUCAAUCUUCUGGCUACUUCUGUCGGCGAGAUUUUGAUGAAGACGAUGCCCACGUCAAUGUUUAGGCUGUUAACUGGUCAGGAAUCUCCGGUGUACAUAUAAAGAGUUCAGUUGCCUGGCCAAAAAACAAAACGUAGUGAACAGACAAUACAUCUGCCAUCCACUACCGUAUUAUACAUAACUUCAUUGUACAAGUUGUUCCACAUGAAUUGUUUUGUAUUCCAAUUCGGAACGCCCCACGCAACCACCAGCUCCUGCUUACAAUAAGUAGACUCGAAUUAGGUCACUCGAGAAGCCUGACAGAUGUUACUAAAUAUUUAUCCAGGUAUUAUUUAUACAAGGACAUUAAAAUUAUAAAUAUUCUAUCGAUCAGUGUGACCUCUUACGGCAGCGGCGCAAAUAUUUUUCUUCGCUUAUUUACUUACAGGUACUUGUGCUUCAAGUAAACGAGGAAAGACGUCUGAAUGUCUUCUAGACUGUUAAAUUUUUCGCAACCUUAGAUUUUAUGUAACCUCAGGGUGUCUACUCAUCUGGAAAACCUCAAAUUGUCAGGGUCUUUUUUUCGAGAACUUGUUUAAAUUUAUUUAAAUUCCUGGUAUAAAAUUGAAUAAAA